AGAUGGGCGUGGCGACACCGGAGACCCGCCCUACUCAUCCUAUGAUUGGAUGCAAUUCAUUCCCUCCUUUAGUUUUAGCCGUGUGGAAAAGAAACGCAAAUGGUCUGAGAGAUCACCAUCGUUACAGUGGAGCAGUUUAUGUGUUGAUAUUUUAAAGUCACAUAUAAAGAACAAAAAUGAGGCUUAGGUCUCAAAAAACCAUUACAACUUGUGCGGAGACGCCGAGGAGCAAGCGAAGACCGUCCAACAAAGCGACGCCGAGACGAACGCGCCUGACGGUGACCGAAAGCUCGCCUCAACCCAAGAGUGAAGACACCUUGGAUAAUGAUGACCAUCACUCAGAUGACGAGAUUCCCACAAUGACUAGGCGACCACUGCCCCGUGGCCGGGCGAGGAAGAGAGCCAUCCCCGUUGAAGACAGAGAAACGGAUUUGGCCUUCAAGACUCCGAUCAGGCCCAUCUUGCGCCACGAGCACAUACUGUCAGAGAUGGACCCCACAACUCCUCGUAACACCACAGCCAGAAACAUCUACUCGCCCAUCGUGCGUUUCCUCACUCCCAGCAAAGAGAACGUGAAGAGUGCAGGUACAGAAAACAGCGUGUUGAUGAGCCCGGAGCAAGGUGUAUUUGGUUAUGGCUCCAUUGACCUUCUGGCUGGAGACGAGGAGGAUGACGUGUUCAGUCCCUUUAGGUUCAUCAAGAACAUACCGUCACAGUCUCAGCAUUCCCAACCCAGACUCCGAGACAUCCCCCCCAAGACCAGGAGCACUCCUGAGGCCACGCUGGUGGUCGACCUGGAGGAGACCCUGAUGUUCAGCUCUCUGAGUGUGAUCGACGAAGCGGAGUACACCUUCUACACAGCUUUCCAGGACAGUCAGUACAAGGCGUACAUGAUCCUACGACCACACGUCAAAGAGUUUCUGCAGUCCAUGGCCAAAAUCUAUGAGCUGUUUGUUUACACGUGUGCGAAGAAGGAAUACGCUGAGAAGAUUCUGAACAUCCUGGACCCGCAGAGAAAGCUGUUUCGACAUCGUCUAUACCAGGAAGAUUGCGCCUGUGUUCUCGGCCACUACAUCAAAGAUCUCAGCGUCCUCGGGAGGGAUCUCGCCAAGACCGUGGUCCUGGACAACGCACCCCACACAUACCCAUACCAUCUGAUGAACACAAUUCCCAUCAAGAGCUGGUCCGGGGAGUCACAGGACAGAGAACUGCUGAAGCUCAUCCCAUCCAUGGAGAAACUCAUUGCAGCAGAGGAUUUUCGGGAGGUGCUGAAGAAGAGGAAGGAUCACUUCCACAGGCUGCUGUCCGAGGACUAACGGGACUCUCCUCCCCCUCUAACCUCACUUUAACUACUCUAUGUGACUUUCACAGAUCAUGUUUGCUUUCUCUAUGCUUUGGCUAAAAAGCAGAACCAGUUGGAACGAACCCGAAGCCUGUUAGUUUGUGGUGGACCUCCUCUGUCCUCCCUGAUGACUUUAAAGGACGGCACAUUGGUAUUUCAAACAUGCUGCUGGUCGUUUGUCACCGAAACCCCCGAACUCCCCGAAACUCAUUCCACAGAGCAAUAAAACUGCUCCCCAUCGUUUGUGUAUAUUUACAAAACAAAACUUGAAAUAUGUUGUUUAUAGUCCGGAUUUUUAUUUAUUGAUUAUAUUGCUAAUCAACAGCUGUUCUCUCUGUAUAUUUUAGAUAUGCCUUUUUAUUGAAUAAAAUACCCGAACAAUAAAUGGGAGAAAAAACAA